GGAGGAUGAAGAGUAACAAAAAAAGAGAGUUAGAUUCAGCUUCUGAAUCAAACCAGCACUCUCCAGCUCAGACUGACUGCUGUUUGAAUCAUCGACUAAUCCUCCUCCUCUCAGACAGCGGGAGGAGGAGGAGGUGGUGGUGGUGUGCUCUUCAGUCUCAGAUUCAGCUCAGAGAAGGAACAAAGCUGAAGUGAAACAGGAUCCACUGAUGUGACUCAUCCCGACUCUAAAACCAAACACGAUCAGAGCUGAUCUGAAGGUUCCUGCUUUCACUGAUGAUCGCUGUGAAGAGAUGAUGUUUGGAAGGAACUGAGGUUUUCACAAGAAGAUGAAAAUGUCAUGAUGAUGAGAUGGAGCAGGAAGAUGGAGUCUGCAAACUGCAGCCAGGUUUUAUUUUUAACAGAAAACUGAGUUUGGAAACAGAAAAGAUGGAGACAUCUGGAUGCAGCCUCAAGUGAAAGUGACACAGUGUGAAUUUUUACCAAAGACAAAGUGAAGUUUGGAAGCUGCCUGUGGAGAUUAUCAGAGGAAACAGCUACAGUUUUAUAACAAAGAGAGUUUCAACCAGACUGAAGCUGAGGUUUGGAAGCACAGCCUUGAGUUCUUAUUAAGAGAAAAUAAAGUUUCUAACAAUGUUUUACUAACAAAGGAAAACAUCUGGAAGCAGCUGCAUCUUUUUAACCAACAGACGAUAAAGUCGGAUGUUUUCACAACGAAAUAAAUGAAGUUUGGGAAACAGCAGCUCAGGAAAUAAAGUUAAAAUAUUAAGCUGAGAUAAGAUGAAGUUUGGGAGCAGCUUUUGCACCCUGAAUGUUGGCGGUCGCAGGUUUUCCUGCUCGGCGGAGCUGAUGAAGCGCCUCCCUCUCAGCAGACUCAGUCGGCUGCAUCGCUGCGUAUCGGAGAGCGAGCUGCUGGAACUCUGUGACGACUACGACCGCGACAGGAACGAGUUUUUUUUCGACCGCCACUCGGAGGCCUUCAGCUUCAUCAUGCUGUACGUGCAGCACGGUAAGCUGCGCUUCGUGCCGCACAUGUGCGAGCUGUCCUUCUACAACGAGAUGCUGUACUGGGGCCUGGAGAGCUCCGACCUGCAGCCCUGCUGCCAGCGACGCCUCGACGACCGCAUGUCCGACUGCUUCGUCCACUUUCCCGAGGAGGAGCCACGGGGCCCGAGGGAGCCCCAGAGCCGCUGGCUGGAGAGGAUGAGGAGGACGUUCGAGGAGCCCACCUCCUCGCUGGCGGCACAGAUCCUCGCGUCGGUGUCGGUGCUGUUCGUGGUCAUCUCCAUGGUGAUGCUGUGUGCCAGCACUUUACCGGACUGGAAGACCACCGAGACCCUGGACCAGCACAGGAUCAUCGAGGCGGUCUGUAUCGGUUGGUUCACAGCUGAGUGUAUCGUCCGUUUCCUGGUUUCUCGUGAUAAAUGUGAGUUUGUCCGUCGUCCCCUGAACAUCAUCGACCUGUUGGCCAUCACGCCGUACUACAUCUCCGUCACCGUGACGAUCCUGACAGGGGAAAACUCUCAGCUGCAGCGUGCGGGCGUCACGCUGCGCGUCCUGCGCAUCAUGCGGAUCUUCUGGGUGAUCAAGCUGGCGCGUCACUUCAUGGGCCUGCAGACGCUCGGCCUGACGCUGCGCCGCUGCUACCGCGAGAUGGUGAUGCUGCUGGUCUUCAUCUGCGUCGCCAUGGCAAUCUUUAGCGCACUGGCCCAGCUGCUGGAGCAUGGCCUGGACCUGGAGACCGGAAACCAGGAUUACGCCAGCAUCCCCGCCGCGUGCUGGUGGGUCAUCAUCUCCAUGACCACGGUGGGAUACGGUGACAUGUACCCGGUGACGGUGGCAGGCCGCGUGCUGGGCGGCCUCUGCGUGGUGAGUGGCAUCGUGCUGCUUGCGCUGCCCAUCACCUUCAUCUACCACAGCUUCGUCCAGUGCUACCACGAGCUCAAGGUUCGUUCCGCCCGCUGCACCCACAGCCUGUCUGCAGACUUCAUGAACUGAAAGACUACAGGAAGAACUACAGGAAUUUCCUCAGACAUCAGAGUCUAACACUGCUUUCCAGUUCUUCUCUGAAGUCUGAAUUUCCGAGUUUCCAGUCAGAAGUUUGAACCUGAACGCCUCCUGAAGUCGGAGCAACCCCGACAUCAGAAUCCAAGAUGGCUGUUCCUAGCAACUGUUGCUAACAACAGCUAGUCUGACAUACGACUGAAUUAGUUCACUUUCAUGGUUUAAUGUUCCAGGUUUUAAAUGUGAACGUCUUUUUAACAACGUCCUGAAGAGUUUGUGUUCAACUCAUUUCUUCAGGUGGAGCAGAUUUGAAAGAGCAGAUAUAAAGUCUUUCCUGUCGCCGUCACUCUGAGUUCUGACCUCCAAUGUAAAUGGAACCAAACCCACAAAGAGUCGCAUUAGGUCCAACAAAAACUUUUCAUAUUUUUACUACCAGGUUUUGUUUUAUGCCUUCAGGUUGGUCUCAGGUUUCCGGAGCCUCAGUUUGUGUUUUAUAUCCACAGAAAGAAUCGAACACAGUUUAUUUUACAGGUGCUGUAGUUUCUGGAUCAUUUCCAGUGAAGUUUCCUGGACAGAGCUAUGUAAACACAGUGUUCAGUUAAACAGCCCACGCAGCUGUGCAGACCAUGUUGUUGACUUUUAGAGGACAAAAAUCUGCGCUCCAUGUACAGACACAUAAAUAUUCAUCUCCAUAUCUGUUGAUUUGUCUAAAACUCAAGCUCAAUGAAUCUGAGUAAUCAGUUCUCACUGCUCCACCUUCUCUGACAGAGGUCGGUUUAUUUUUUUAGAACCAAUGAGAUGAAAAAUAAACUUUGUUUCAUCAGAUCCUGAGUUUCUCUGCUGCAGAGUUCAGUCUCUGGAACCAGAUACAGGUCUUAACGACUGAAUCAUUGAUCAUCAAUCAGUUCUGACUGAAACACCCAUCCUCCAUCCAGACUCCAUGAUCCUCACACAGAAACAUCCUCCUCACACUAUCUGAUAUUUAUAAAAGCAGAACAUCUUCACCUCUGACAGACCUCAGAUCAGAGUGAACACAGGUCAGACACACAAUCUUUGUUUCAGUUUGUGUUGUUGAUGUUUUUGUGUAAAAUGUCAAAGGUUCAUUUAUAAACUUCACUUUAAAGAAUUGAUGAGAUUUCUGAUUCUUUUUUCAGCCUGUCGACGCCUCCCUGUUCAUGACUUUAUCCUGAACUCUGUUUCAACAUGAGUCACUGAUGGUUUGUUGAUGAUUUACUGUGUGAUGUGUGUGUGAACAGUUUAAUCUGAUGUUCUGCCGGAGAUCCUCAGCAGUAAAACGUCCUCUUCACUGACUCUAGGAUCUGAGAUGAAACAGAACAAACAUCCACAUUUAAAAUGUAACAUGAGCUGAUUAUUAGGUUAAUCAUUUGAUCCACAUUGAUUCAGUCUUCAUCAGUUUCUCCUUCAGGUCAAACUGCAGCUGUCCUGGGAGGGGGUGGGGGGGUGUGCCUCGGUCCGUCAAGGGUUAAACUCUUUGCUGUAACUGGACAAUGUCCACGGUUUCCACGGCAACAGCAGACUCAGACAGGAAGUUGAAGUGUUGAAAACAUUUGGUUUUGAAAGUGAGGAUGGAGGAGCUGCUGGAGUGAAAUGUCAGCAAAGAUGGCGGGAGGAGAGACAGGAGGGAUGCUGGGACGAAGAAAAAAUCAGUGUGAAAUGGAAAAAAUCAGUGUGAAAUGUCUCACUGAGGAAACACUCAUCUUCUUCUUUGGUGCAGAACACAGCAGCCUUUAUGACUACAUGGACUAUCCCUUUAAUCUCCAAACACAGAAACAUCUUCUCUUUCUCUCAUUCUGUUUUUAUUCUUCUUUCCUUCUCUCUGUACAGAGCUGAACUAUAAAAUCACUAUUUCUUUUUUAUUUAUUAAAUCCUGAUAUAUUCAUUAAAGGAGCAGUUUGUGUUUUUAAGAAUCUUUAAAAUCAGUGUUUGUGUUUGAGUCAGGAGUUAAAGCAUGUUGUUUAUCAGAGGAGCUGUUGGUUUAUUGAUGAUUAUCAGAUCAGUUUCUGUCUUUCAGCUGUGGUCUUCAUC